UGACUGACAGACGGUUUCGGGCCAUUGAGAUAUUGUAGCUUAAAUUUGUAUAUAAAUUUAGCUGUUUAGUUAAACCCAGAAUAAUUUGUACCUGGAAAAAUAAAACAGAAGGAAAAAAAACGACUAAUAUGAACUGAGCUGUCAAAUCAUUAAUGUGAGCAUUAAUACAAAUGGCCGUGCUGCUUUUGAAAGGUUUAUUGAUCUUCUUGUCUAUUUCAAAAGUUUACGCUGCUGAAGACUAUUCUCUUCUUCAUGUCACUUUAUCAGAAAGUGUUCAAACAUAUUGCAUCAGACUCGAAUCUCAUUCACAGCAUCUGUCUGAGACAUUGGAAGAUGCAGGUCCGAGCAGACUUGUCGAUUUAUCGCGAUCUACGGGAUGUACUCUCAGCGAUUUCUCGACCAACAAAAACUACUUUAACAGCACAGUUACCCUUGCGAGCGGAAACUGCUCUCCAAUUCAAAAAGCUCAUUUAGUGCAGCUUUUGGGCGGGAAAGGCAUUAUUGUCGAUGAUAGACAUCAUGUCGCAACUUUUGACAACUCUUCAGUGUUAGAGAAUAUAAACAUAACAAUAGCCACAAUCGGAUGGAUGGAUUUUCAACAAUUAAUUUCUUCUUUUGCGACACCAGUCUGGCUUAAGAUGUAUACCCCAAAGACUCGAAGUUGGGACCCGAACAUGUUUCUCAUAGUUAUACUCUCCACGGCGUUUGUCAUGGCUGGCUCGGGUUGGGCAGCUUACUCAGAACGAAACUCUCUUGAAAAGAAAACACCCAAAGGAAAUUCCUUAGACUCAAACCAGAAGACUAGUGACUCUAUAUGUCUGAAUGUCUUAGGGUGUAGCCUAUACGCUAGCUGGUUUGUCCUUCCAUGUCUUCUCAUUGUCCUACUUUAUUUCUUCUUCAAUGUGAUGGUGUUUUUCUUUAUUGGUUUCUUCUGUAUUUACGGCUCCUAUGGUCUGUAUCACUGUCUGUUACCUGGAUGGACCCACCUGGUGCCGUGGCUUUAUGAAUUACCUGUAAACAAGUUACCGUGCAUUCAGAAAAAGGUGCAAGUGAGACAAAUCUUCCUCUGUUUACUGUGUCUGGCGCUGGGGAUAUUCUGGGCGAUACAGCGUCACUCCAACUACGGAUGGAUCCUCCAAGACCUACUGGGUGCCUCGCUGUGCAUCACUCUCGUCCGUGACCUCAAGCUUCCUAAUUUGAUCAUCAUAACUGUGCUUCUGGUGUUCUACCUUGUUUAUGAUGUUUUCUUUGUGUUUAUAACACCAUUGAUAACAUCUAAAGGAGACAGUAUCAUGAACAAGAUAGCUACCGGCGGCUCUAGUGAUAUGGAGUCUGAAGCUGCAAAACUAUCAAGCAAUCCUAAAGAAUAUGUGCCUUUGUGUUUCUUUAUUCCCAAUUUUGGUGAAGAUCUAUUGUCAAAGUGCAGAGGGUAUUAUUUCUCUAUACUAGGCUUCGGAGAUCUGAUAUUGCCAGGUAUUCUCUUAACAUACAACGCUGUGUUUGAUGUCAAAUCUGGCACGAAGAUGGUUUACUAUAUCACAUCCUCUAUAGGCUACUUGUGCGGCAUGGUCAGCGCUAUGGUUGCUAUGGUUCUUAUGAAAACUGGGCAGCCAGCACUUCUGUAUCUAAUCCCCUGCACACUGGGUACAACCCUUGUGGUCUCACUGUUUAGGGGCGAGUUUAAAAAGAUAAUGAAGAACUCAGUACCAGAUAAUGAAGAGGAGACAACUUCUGAAGAUCAGGUUGAACUUUGUCGGAAAGAAGAAGAACCAGAAGAAAUCAAAGACCUCAACGAAAAUGACAAAGAAUUAAUUAUCUGCAAACGACAAAAAUAGAAAAUGCAUCUGAGAACUUUAAAUUGAUCCGGAGCUUAAUCAAUUUUAAACUAGAAAUUUUUCUUUUAUUCCUGUUGUUCCUUUUUUUUUUUCAAAUGCAAGUACUUUGCGAAUUGUGUCUCUUGUUCUUUCUCAAUUACAUAAAUAAUUAAAACGGCUGAUUUAAUUUUUCAUGCAAUCAGCGCGUAAAAAAAACAAAAACAAUGAUAGAUACAAAGUCAGAAAAAGCAGAUUGCCUAUUAAUAUACCGAAAUUACAGACUGACAGUGACUUUUUCUCUUUUGCGACCGCUAAAAAUAUUCUCAUGAUUAAAAUGCAUACGUAUAUAUAUAUAAAGAGAGAGAGAGAGAGAGAGAGACAGUAAUGUAAUGGGCCAAAUAUAUUUGAAGCAAUGAAACUUAUGGGCAAAUGCAAUACCGCUUAGGUGUAUGUAGGCUCUAGGUCUAUGUCUCUUCCACUGUCCACUUUCUUUUUAUGGAUCUCCGUUGACAAAGUCCACCAUAAUCCAGAGAAUGUGUAGCUCUCUCAGUAGUAGAGAACAUUUGACUGAUCCCUUUGCUUUGCUAAUGUCAAAAGUCAAUUAAGCAAUAUAUAAUGUUGUGAUCUAAUCUUAUACCUGACUUCACUUCUAUCUCAUUAAUUACUUCACAUGAGCCACAGAACAUGACAGUCUUCAUAAACGUCGCUACUUAUCUAACUAUCAUCCGAAACAAACUACUUCUAUACUAUCGCCAUGUUGCUCUCCUUGUUCACCUAGUCUACUACGUCAAUCGUCUGUCUUACUACGUCACUACUUUUACCGUCGCUAAAACAAUACACAAUAUAUUUGUCUAACAAAACUAACAUACUCUCUAAACUAGUACAUAACAAUAUAUAUAUAUAUAUAUAUAUACUUGAAUGAUGUAUUGUAUGAAUUUUAUAACAGUGCAUUUGUCUGUUUCAACACUGGCUUUGAUGAUUAAAGGAAUAUCUGUCUUA